CAAUCAAAUAGUAAUGCAAGUGUUCACUUUUUUCAAACAUUUUAAAAAAAAUCAAUGGCUUUUAUUGUGAAAAGUGUAGACUGAUGAACCAAAGAUUGUGUUGGGAAGUUAAUCUUCACGUGAACCUCAAAUGCAAAAUCUUAAAGGUCUAAGGCUGUGUCCCAAUUCGGGGGCUGCGUUCUUUUGAAGGCUGCAUUUUAAGACCGAUUGCGUCACAGCAGCGCGACUGAAGGCUGGAGUACGCCCGGGAGUUUGAGACGAGGAGGGGUACCUUCCCUGAGGUGCUGGUGAGUGCCUAUCUGGUGGCCGGGAUGGAUAAUCCUCUACCCCUGGCUGAACGGGAGGAGCUGAUUUAUCUGCCGUUUUCUCGGUUGGUGGAUCAGCUGCACUCUCGAGAGAAGCGGCUAGAUGGCGUCGCUUCCAGCUGCCCCCAGGACUCCUCCCGUUUCAGCCUGGGUACUGUCCCGGAGGACCACGUCCUGGUCACCGGGGCCGUGGGGCUCUCAGUCCGGUCCAUCCCAGCAUCCUCAGGUCCGGGUCCUCCCAGCCUCCAUGGAAGGCGUGGGAGAAGGGAGUCAUGGGACUCCCCAUCUGACUCCUCCGGCGCGGAGAUAACUAAACUCCCAUCUGCAUCUCCGCAGCCAGCCACGUACCCAGUGGUCCGGCCCCGGAGAAAGAAGAGGAGGAGGGGGUUGCUGCCUUUUCCGCCAGCACCCCAUCCAGCGUUCCAGCCGGCAAACCAGCUGGUUAUCCAGGCGGCACCCCAGCCGGUGUUCCAGCCGGCAUCCAGUCCGGCCCAGCAGCCGGGAUCCAGUCCGAUGAUCCAGCCGGCAUCCAGUCCGGUGAUCCAGCCGGCAUCCAGUCCGGUGAUCCAGCCGGCAUCCAGUCCGGUGAUCCAGCCGGCAUCCAGUCCGGUGCAGCCGGCAUCCCAGCCGGUGAUCCAGCCGGCGUCCCAGCCGGCGUCCCAGCCGGCGAUCCAGCCGGCCAUCCAGCCGGCGUCCCACCCGGCGUCCCUGCCGGCCAUCCAGCCGGCGUCCCAGCCGGCCUUCCAGCCGGCGUCAAGCCCUGUCCAGCCGGCCUUCCAGCCGGCGUCAAGCCCUGUCCAGCCGGUCUUCCAGCCGGCGUCAAGCCCUGUCCAGCCGGCCUUCCAGCCGGUCUUCCAACCGGUCCCUAGUCAAGCAGCCAAGUCGGCCCGGGGAGACCCCCAGGGUCAGGGACUGUCCCCCCAGGACUCCCCCUAAGUCCCCUUGGACUACGCGCCCUCGAGCGCAGCCGGGGACUAGAACUGUUCCCCCCUUGAACUCUUUUGUUCCCCCACCCCUCCUCCCAUGUGUGUUAUUUUUAUUGGCCCACCCCAACCCCAUCCUUGUCUCUUCUAUGUUACCCUUAGUCUGUUCUGUGUUGUGUUUAUGGUGUAUGUCCUUGUGUUUCUCUGUUCUUGCCCGCUGAGGAUUCUCCCUUGGGAUGCCAUGGGUCGUCCCUUGGAGCGGGGGUAGUGUCACAACUCUGUCCUUCCUAUCAUGAGGUUUCUGGUCUGUGGACAGAGUUGUGACGGUGCCAUGUCUUUUGUGCUUGUUUUGUUAUGUGUGGAAGACACGUGGCUGCGUGUUCUCCUGUCAUGUCGUUCAGCCCCGCCCUCCUGUCUCCCGUAAUCAUGCCCGUUGUGUGUGAUCUCUGUCACCUGCCCAUCACGUCCCUUUUGUAAUUAUCCCUCGUUAUUGUUCCCUUCAUAAUGCCCCUUUGUUCUCUGUCUGUUGCCGGUUUGUUGUCUAACCCGUUGUCGUCGCUUCAUCGUGUCCUUGUAUUAGUAAGUUUCAACCUGUUCUUGUGUCACUCGUUUUCUCUAGUUUAUUCCCCCACGUGGGAGGUGUUUAUUUUGUGUUUUGUCUGCUGACCUGUUUUCCCCCUCGUGGGAUUUUGUUUUAUGUGCUUUUGUUUAAAUAAAGCC